UUGCAUGACGGGAGAUGACGUUCACGAGACGGAAAGGCUACGUAACAAACGGUUCUCGUGACGAAUCAUGGGAAUAGAUGGCCAACCAGUCCGUGCCACGACAUCACGUGACAAAAUUGUUGUUGAACAAGGCCAGCUCACCCGACAGCGCUGAAGGAGGAACGACUUGAAGCAACGUUAUGGCUAGUUUAGUCUUUGAUUCGCCUGUUACUUUAGUUGUGAAGACUCCUAACCAAAAGGUGGACGAUUUGAGGAUAGACUGUGCUUUAGAGUGGUCAGUGGAACAACUGAAAAGGCAUCUUUCGAGCGUUUAUCCAACCAAACCGGAAAGCCAGCAUCAGAGAAUCAUUUAUUCAGGGCAGCUACUGAAUGAUAAUUUAAUCCUGAAGGAUGUGUUUCGCGAGCAUGAAGAUGGAAAACAUCACACUGUGCAUCUCGUGUGUCCAAUGAAGAUGGAAACCAAAUCAACUGAUUCACAAGCAACGAAGGGGUCCAGUACUCCUACAACAAGCAGUGGUGCUACAACUACUGAAACAGCGCCCACCACACCUGUUACACCACAAACAACCACUGAUGGAUUGCGAUACAGAGGGGCAAAUACACCUACCUAUCCACAGUACAAUAUGUACCACCAGCAGAUGGCCAAUGCCGGUUAUAACCUUCCAGCCCAAGGACAUGGCUAUGUUAUGCCACCAUUUGUACCACCUCCCUACUGGAUGCAACAAAUGUUUGCUCAGCAGAUGGCAGCCGGAAGAAUACCUCAACCAAACAUGUACAUGCCACCCAAUUAUGGACAUCUGCAAAUGCCCUACCCGUGGCUCCCACAGGCAGGACAUUUUCCUGCACUUCAAGCCCCAUUUAUGGCGCCACCACCUCAAAAUGUACCACAGACUCCUCCACAACAGGUUGCUGAGCAACCACAGGCACCCCAGCCACAAGUGAAUGAGAAUGUUCAAGCCAAUGCCAAUGCAGGACCUCUUUUUGAUGAAGAGGAGGAUGAAGAGAACCCUAAUCGUGAUUGGUUGGAUAAGAUUUACACACUUUGCCGAAUAGGAAUCUUGUUGAGCAUAUUUUGGUUUUACUCAUCGACGAGUCGUUUCUUGGUGUUGAUUGUUACAUUUGUUUUGAUCUACUUGUACCAAUCUGGGAUUCUACAGAUCUUCAGAAGAAAUGGAGGAAACAAUCGUCAAGAAAUUCCACCACCAGCACCCCCACCAGAACCACAGCAAGAAGAACAGAGACAGGAACAGAAUGAUCUAAAUAGACCUCAAGAAGAUGUAACUGAUAAUGCAGGACACAACACCGAAGACAGCGAGCAGAAUGACACCAAUGAUUCUACAGAACCACCUGCCCCACCCACUCCACCCCCGGGACCAUCGGCCACAACUGUAGCUUACAACUUUGUCACCUCGUUUUUCACGUCACUAUUUCCAAAUGGGCCUGGUGUUCAAAAUUAAUACAUCAAGGAACUUUUUGUGAGAAUUAUUAUUCUACUGGUGGAGUAGCCUUUGUGGAUUAUUUAUGGAAUUCUAUGUGCUGGAUGCUGAAAAACUGUAAAAUUCAGCUUAUGGUACAGUGUAGGCCUUAAAAUUUAUUUUAAGUGUAUGGGUAAUUAUCUAAGUUGCAUAAACACCAAACAAAAAGUAAAAGAUAUUUUUAUACACUUGUAGCAUAAAUAAUACCAAUAUUGAUGCUAAAAUGUACAUGGAUGUAACUUCUAUUAUAGUAAAAUAUCGUUCUUAAGCAUAGUUGUCUAGGCCUAAUGUGCAGUUGGCUAAAUCAAUGCCACAAACAUACUAUUGCCGCUCUGUGUAUGAGUAAAUGGUGACAAGAUGGAUUGUCACUUGUCAGUCAUGGAAGGUGGCUGGCUUACCUGCAUUGAAGGGUUUUUUUCCGUGGAAAUUAUGCUGUUACAAUACAAGUUUGAGAUAUUCUCAUUUUAGAUCGCUUGUUACCAGCAAAGCAAACAUUUACAUGUACAUGUACAGUGUAUGUUUCUAUCAACUCAGUUUAUGUCCUAUUAGCUGCUGCUCCAUCUAUCGUUUUGAUGAAGAUGACUGAAAAGUUGCCAAGGUCAUGAUGAGAUAUGCAAUGUAUAAAGAUUUUAAUUAGUUC